AUGGCGCCAUUCAGAAUCCUCAUCAGCGGCGCAGGGAUCGCCGGCCCCGCCGUCGCCCUGCUCCUCGCCCGCCACCGCGACUGCGCCAUCACCAUCAUCGAGCGGGCCGCCAGCCUCCGCAGCACGGGCCAGCAGAUCGACCUGCGCAACCAGGGCGUGCCCAUCAUGCAGAAGCUGGGCCUCGAGGAGGCCGUGCGUGCCCGCAUCGUCAAGGAGGAAGGCACCAGGAUCAUCAACCGCGCCGGCGCCGAGCUCGCUUUUAUCCCCGCCCUGCAGACCGGCUCGGGCAAGCAGAGCCUGUCGUCCGAGUUUGAGAUUAUGCGCGGCGACUUGGUCGACGUGCUGUACCAGGCGACCAAGGACCUGGACAAUGUCAAGUACGUGUUUGGCAGGACGAUCGAGAGCCUCAUCGAGGGCGGCGACGGUCCCAUUGGCGUCGGAUUGUCCGACGGCACCACGCACGAGUAUGAUCUCGUGAUUGGCGCGGACGGCGUGGGCUCGCGGACGCGCAAGCUCAUGCUCGCUGGCGGGGAGGAACAGGACAAGCAGGUCCGCCAGGCGACCGGGGUUCAGCUCGCGUUCUUUACGAUCCCCGUGGAGAAGGACGACUCGCGUGCCUUCACAAUCUGCAGGUCGACCAAGGGCCGACACUUGAUGACGCGCCGGGACAGAGACGACGUGCUGCGCGUGUUAUUCAUGGCACACGUCGGGCAGGCCGCCAGCGGAGGAAAGGGAGAUAGCGAGGACGACAGGCUCCGCGCGCAGCUGCACGCCGCCAACCGCAGCGGAGACCUCGAGCAGAAGAAGAAGGCCUGGGCGGCUUACUAUGCUGACGCUGGCUGGCAGGCCGAGCGGUUUACACACGCCUUGCUGCACAGCAAGGAGGCAGACGACCUGUACGCUCAAGAGCUGCAGAGAGUGGUGCUUCCCCCUGGAGCCUGGUCGGGCCGCAACGGGCGGGUGACUGUUGUCGGGGAUGCGGCGUGCUGUGUGGCACUGAACAGAGGACUGGGCACGACGGUGUCCUUUGUCACGGCCUAUACCCUUGCCGGUGAGCUUGCGAGGCACUGCAUCCCUCUUAAGGGCAGCGGUGCAGGCGCAAAGCAGCAGCCGACGCGGGAGAAUCUGGAGCAUGCCCUGGCCGAGUACGAGAGGAAGACCCGCGUCCUGACGGACCCGGUACAGAAGGGCAUGCCGGGCUGGUUCCCGUGGGCAGGUGGUUAUUCAGUUGGAUGCCAGAGGACAAGCCAGAGGACAUAG